AUGUCGAAUAUAAAAGAGAAGUUGACGGAAACUGCAAAAUCGGUUUGCAACAGUGUGGCUGCAAAGUUCAGCAGAAAGGAUCCGAAUAUGUGGUCCAAGGAACAUGGAACCUAUGCAUGGGGAGAAUACUCAUUUGCUGUCGUCCGAGCUAACUACCCCGACAUUAACGAUCGGAGUCAAAUUGAAAUCGGAAGCAAUGGACUCUUUGUUGGCAUUUACGACGGCCACCACGGUCCGAAGGCUGCUUCAUACCUUCAGGAUAAACUGUUCUCCAAAUUCAUAGCUAUUGCCCGCAAGAAUCGCGCUAUAAAUCUUGAAGCAAUAAAAGAGACCAUUAAAACCAUGGAGAAUGAUUUUAUUCAUGAAGCCAGAAAAAAUCGGACGGAAUUAUUAACAACUGGUAGUUGCUGUUUGAUCGGUAUGCUUUACCGUGGGGAUCUCUUAUAUGGUAGUCUCGGCAACAGUGCCAUUGUGUUUGGAACAGAAAUUACCGGAGAGUUUGGUGCGGAAAUUUUGACAAAGGACCAUAGCGUGCAUACCAAUGAACCUUAUAGGCAAAUAUACAUGGAAACCCGAGCAAAAACCGACCCAGACUGCAUUUGCUUGAAAGAUGGCAAAUAUAAGAUAAAGGGACUAGUAGAGGUAGCACAUACAAUAGGGGACGCAUAUAUGAAAUACCACGAUUGCAAGUUACCUCAGGGACAUAUGCACCAAAUUCCUACUCCAUUAGAUCUACCAUACUUGUGGGACAUUCCACACGUUGGGCAGAGACCUCUCCACAACUCAGACAGAUUUAUUAUCUUUGCUUCAAAUGGACUAUGGGAGCACAUUAGUCCUGAAGAAGCGGUGAAGAUCGUAGAUGAGAGUCAUGAAAGAAAGGGAAUUGCGAAGAAGUUGGUAGAAGCAGCUGUAAAUGUAGCUGCAAACAAAGCGAAGCUGAAUAUCAGAGAGGUUCAUCGGCUAACUGAAGCAAGGAGGGCAAUCCAUGAUGAUAUCACGGUUGCUGUGAUUUUUAUAAAUCACAAAUCGGUGGGGAAGCGAGAUAUAUAUUUGCCUGUAAUAUCCAUCAAGCCAGAUGAAAAUGAAUUCAUUUCAAAAUUUCAUGAAAUUGAAGGUGGUAUAAUGCAAUAG